UCACCCAGGACUCUCGAUUGUAGAAUACACAGCCAUCUUGGAUCUACGAGCAGAAGGGAAAUUAAUGCGGUGACAAACGGAAUGUUCAGUGCUACGAGAAAGAAGUUUGUAGAGGGGGUCGAAAGCGACUACCCUGAUGAGGGCAUGUACUACAGCCAGCCGUUGCCGUUCUCACAUAGGUCGGACAAAGACUUAAGCGCUCUGUCUGCUCGAUCACACGUCCCUAGUACAGCUCCCUUUGAACUUGAAAUGCUCUCGUCUCCCUCACCGUCGUCAUCAGGUCAACUGUCCCAGCUUGGUGCCAGUUUAUAUGGCCCACAGAGUGCACUAGGCUUCUCGAUAAGGGGCAUGGGAAACAACACUCAGUUAAACCGCAGCUUAACGCAAGGCACCCAGCUACCGAGCCAUAUCACCCCCACCACGGGGGUGCCCACCAUGUCCCUCCAUACCCCGCCCUCGCCAAGCAGGGGGAUCCUGCCGAUGAACUCGAGGAACAUGCUGAACCACUCCCAGGUGGGCCAGGGUAUCGGGAUGGUCAGCAGCAGGACCAACAGCAUGGGCAGCUCAGGGCUGGGCAGCCCCAUCCGCAGCUCCCCCAGCAUCAUCUGUAUGCCCAAACAGCAGCCUGCACGGCAGCCCUUCACCAUCAACAGCAUGUCAGGAUUCGGGAUGAACCGAAACCAGGCGUUUGGGAUGAACAACUCGUUAUCAAGCAACAUCUUCAAUGGCACAGACGGUAGUGAAAACGUGACGGGGCUAGACCUGUCCGACUUCCCUGCGUUAGCAGACAGGAGUCGGAGGGAAGGAAGUGGAAACCCAACGCCGCUACUCAACCCACUAGCUGGAAGGGCCCCCUAUGAAGCCUCUUCUCUUCAUCUCAUGACCUCAUCAGUUGGCAUGGUGACGAAGCCAUCGAACGAGCCGACGCAGGAUUUCUCCAUCCACAACGAGGACUUCCCUGCACUGCCUGGUCCCAACUACAAGGACUCCACGUUGAGCAAUGACGACAGCAAGACAAACCUAAACUCUACAGGCAAGAGCACGUCCAUUGCAGAUGGGCCUAUGUUCCCCGGAGACAAGACGCCCUCAGCACAGAACAACAACCAGAAGAAAGGGAUCCAGGUGUUACCUGACGGUGAGCCUUCUCAACCAAUCACACCUCUCCGUCUCGACCUGGGACGGGUGACGAACAUUCCCAGGGGAAUGGUGACGGACCAGUUUGGAAUGAUCGGCUUGCUGACAUUUAUUCGAGCGGCGGAGACGGACCCAGGCAUGGUGCACCUGGCGCUGGGGAGUGACCUCACAACACUGGGACUCAACCUCAACUCUCCAGAAAACCUGUACCCCAAGUUUGCUUCCCCCUGGGCAUCAGCACCGUGUCGACCUCAAGACAUUGACUUCCACGUCCCGUCUGAGUACUUAACCAACAUUCACAUACGGGACAAGCUGGCAGCUAUUAAACUGGCUCGUUAUGGUGAAGACCUGUUGUUCUAUCUGUACUACAUGAACGGAGGAGACCUGCUACAGCUCCUGGCAGCAGUAGAGCUCUUCAAUCGGGACUGGCGGUACCACAAGGAGGAGCGGGUGUGGAUCACGCGGGCGCCGGGUAUGGAGCCCACACUAAAGACCAACACCUACGAGAGGGGAACCUACUACUUCUUUGAUUGUCUUAACUGGAGGAAGGUAGCCAAGGUAAAGGAGUUCCACCUGGAGUACGACAAGCUAGAAGAGAGGCCCCACGUCCCGUCUACCUUCAACUACAACCCAGCCCAGCAGGCCUUCUGAGGCCCAGUACAGUAUAGUCCCAGGGUUACUGCUGUCCCUGCACCCCUCCCUCCCAGCCUGAGGAGGGUGUUGUGGCCCAGGCAUCCAUCCUGGUUUUUAUUCCUUGAGGAUCUGGUUAAAAUGACUGCAGAGGAGGUCCUCACCACCGCAUAAGGGUGGGGAAAACUGAGCCCUGCCUUUCCCAAAUGAUGUGCUGCCCAAACACCUCCACUUGUUCUGUUUUUAUUCCUUUAAUGUCCUUGUUUUUUGAGGUGGGAGUUGAGCAGGGUCUGUGUUUUGUUUACCUCUGAAUCAGAAGACUGACUAUACCGGCACACUUUACAGUGACAAAACAAGGGUUAUGACACAUUUUCAUCAACAAAAAAGUGACAACGGUGGGGAAGGCUAAACCAACAAGUACCAUCCCACACGUGAGAACGAAAGGGGCCGGAAGAAAUGCAAUGUUCGUUGCUGCACUAUUUAGUAAUAAAAGAACACAAAGAUUGUUUGUGCUUUUUUAUGUGAAAACACUCCCUCGUAUUUUGUUUUGGAAAGAUCAGCAGCCUGUCUACACCUCUCUCUCUCUACUUCUCCUCUCUUUCCAUCUCUCCUCUUGUACAUUCCCUCUUUUCUCCUCAACCGGCCCCACAUCUUUCUUUCCUUUUGACGGGUAUUUUCUGUCUGGCUUCAAAAUAGACACAGAUCGGAUACUUUUUUUAGUGAAUGUUCUCACAACCUGUGGACAACCCGUACAAGGGUUGUUAGAAUACCUACCCAGCUUCAUUGUUCCAGAGCAAGCAAAACACUUUCCAGUCUUUGUUACGAUUUUGUAAUAAACGUGUAAAAAAAAAAAUAUAUUUUUAUGUUUGAACAUCACAUGUAUACUGAUAUGUAUGUAUGAAUCUGUAUAUGUAUGUGUGUAUAUAUAUAUAUAUAUAUAUGUAUAUGUAUAUAUAUGUGUGUGUGUGUGUGUGUAUAUAUAUAUAUAUAUAUAUAUAUAUUUUGGAGAGAAAAAAUUGCUCUGCCUUGUACCUCGUUUUUAGGAGGUCAGCGUGGAUAAAAUAGGACAUUUCUGUAUCUGCUGGUCAGGGCGUCGCACUCGGAGCCGUGAGCACUUACGACGAAGAAUUACAAAUAAAAAGACAAAAAAGGAAAUACCUGAUUCUCAGCUAAAACAAGGAAAUCCACCCCCAAACAAACCAACUAAUCAGUCCAAAGCAAGAGGACAGACGGACACAUUUCACUUAAAGCUGUUUAAACAGCAGCAUUUCGUAGGAAAUGGAAAAGUGAAUAAUUUUAAGAAUAAUGAAUACAGAUCAAUCUUGUAUUUUCUGACGUUCAAAGCCUCUUUUCUUUGUAAUAAAGCAGAAAAGGCUUUCCUGAACUA